GUGCUUGAUAAGGCAUUACCUUAUCUUGAGUUCAGAGCAUUGCCAUGAGUGCAAAUAUGCUGAAGUCGCGGUGCGUGGUCUUGGCACUGCUUUUACUUGUGAAAGGUUCUCUUGGCCAGCUAAAUGUAUGUGGUCGUGCACCUUUAAACACCCGUAUCGUGGGUGGACAGAAUGCCUCAGCAGGGGCGUGGCCAUGGCAGGUCAGCUUACAAAGCUCUGCUUACGGAGGACAUUUCUGUGGAGGUACCCUCAUUAACAAGGACUGGGUUAUGACCGCAGCGCACUGCUUCUCCAGCAUUGGCACUUCUGGCCUGGUGGUGUAUUUAGGGAAGCAGACUCUGGUGGGUGUCAAUCCCAAUCAAAUCACCAGAUCUGUCACCAAGAUUGUCCGCCAUCCCAAGUACAGCAGCAUCACCAAUGAUAAUGACAUCGCCCUGCUGCUUCUGAGCUCCUCUGUGACCUUCACCAACUACAUCAGACCCGUGUGCCUGGCUGGUCAAGGCAGCAGUUUUGCUUCCGGUACCCAGUGCUGGAUCACAGGCUGGGGAAACAUUGCCUCUGGAGUGUGGCUGCCAUCUCCUGGUGUGCUGCAGGAUGCAAAGGUUCCCAUCGUUAGCAAAACUCAGUGUGACAAACUACUGGGACCAGGAGUCAUUACCAACAACAUGAUCUGUGCUGGAUUACUACAAGGAGGCAAGGACACCUGCCAGGGAGACUCUGGAGGUCCGAUGGUGACUAAGCAGGGUGCAGUCUGGGUCCAGGCUGGUAUCACUAGCUGGGGGAUAGGAUGUGCUGAGAAAAAUAAACCUGGUGUGUACACAAUGGUGUCCCAGUACCAGUCCUGGAUAACCAGCACCAUCAAAACAAACCUACCUGGCUUUGUCAAGUUUCCCUCUGCAGGCUAGUCCAAGGUGCUAACUCAAUCAAUGGAAGACCGAAGAUGUGCACACUUACCACACUUUUAACACACACUUGUAUAUUGAUUUGUUUUUCUGUGAUGUAAAUGUAUAUGGAUGUAAAUAAUGAGUUUUAAACUACAUGUUUGGAUAAUGUGAUAAUCUUGUAUCUACUAGAUCUAUACCUGAUAAUGGAAUUUAAUAGGUUUAUACUGCCAUAAUGACUCAUAAUCACUGACAUGAAUAAAACUAUACUACGA